AUGGCACCAAAAGUUCCCGCGGCCGGAAAAGGCGAGAAGAGAGCAGGCAAGGCUAAAUCAGCCCCGACAGACCCUGGCAAGAAAAAGAAGAGAAGCAAGAGAAAGGAGAGCUAUGCGAUCUACAUCUACAAAGUGUUGAAACAGGUGCACCCCGACACCGGUAUCUCCAGCAAAGCCAUGGGUAUCAUGAACUCGUUUGUCAACGAUGUCUUUGAACGCAUCGCGACCGAAUCCUCGCGGCUCGCGCACUACAACAAGAAGUCCACCAUCAGUUCUCGCGAAAUCCAGACCGCCAUUAGGUUACUGUUACCGGGCGAACUCGCAAAACAUGCAGUAAGCGAGGGUACAAAAGCAGUCACCAAAUAUACAAGCAGCAAGUGA